CUGUUGGAUUCACCAGGGUACCGGUACUGGAAGCAACAGGGCGUAACUGCACGCCGAAAACUGGUGGUUCAAGUGAUGGAUUGUUCUGUAUAUCUUCUUCUUCCCUCUUUCUGGCAGUGUCAGAAAGCCCCCUUUUUAUACUACUAUUGUGGUGGCGAAAUAGGUGGCGAAGUAGGUCGCGAGUUAGGCUGCGAAGGAGGUCGCGAAGUACGCUGCAAAUCCUCUGCCUAGCCCCUUCGAGGCCCACAUUCCAACACCAACAAUAGGAC